AUGGAUACACAAAAAUCUCCGGUACAACAUCGAACUCAAGGCCAACUCCAUACUUUUACACAAGAUAUCGUAUCAUCAAGCAUUCUCCAUCACAUCUCCUUCCAACUUCCAAGCAUUCAUAUACUCCGAGAUAACUGCCCUCAAUCUCUACAAUGGCGUUACAAAUUCAUCAUGUUUGCCAGCCGAUUUCGUCGCCGAUAUCAACUGGAUCACUAUCAUCAUGGCCGACUAAACAGUUUACCAUCAGCAAAGAUGUUCACCGAUCCGUUGCUUCAACCAAGUCGAUCGAUAGUAAAACCAAAAAAACUUGAGGUCUUCGGUGAAGGUGAGAUCGAGCUUGGAGAUGUCCGGUCCAAUGGUCGUUGUAGGUUAAGUUACCGCGGUUGA